UGGAGUCAGCAGACUUGAGCGAAUUCUAACUCUACCUUUUAUUGGCUAUGUGAAUUCAGGCAUGUCACUUAAUCUCUUUGAACCUCAGUUUCUUCCCCUGUCAAAUGGGAAUAAUGCUAGUUCACAGAGCUGUUAGGAGGAUUCAGUUAGCAUGGAUUAGAUAAAACAGAGUAAAUUAGCAUAGUGUGACCGGAGGUACUAUUAUUGCUUAUUGUUAUUAUCAAGAAUCUCUGUUUUUUAGGCCAAUCUGUUAUAUUUUCAUCUGUUUCUUGGGAUUCCCUUCUUUCCACACAAGUUCUCAAUCUUCUUCAAAGGUCAGUAUUGUCUCACUCUCAUGAAUACUUUAAAUCUCACCCUUUAUAACUGUGCGAUGAAGUUAGAACUUAAGUUGCAGCUGACUUUUUACUUUUGUUUAGCCUUCUUCAAGAAGAUGAUUAUGUUUUCAUUGCAGAAUGAUGAAGUGGAGUUUGUCAAAACUGGCUAUGGAAAGGAUAUGGUAAAAGUUCUCCAUAUUCAGAGAGAUGGAAAAUACCACACCAUUAAAGAGGUGGCAGCUUCAGUGCAACUUACUCUGAGUUCCAAAAAAGAUUACCUGUAUGGAGACAAUUCAGACAUCAUCCCUACAGACACCAUCAAGAACACAGUCCAUGUCUUGGCAAAAGUCAAAGGGAUCAAAAGCAUAGAAACUUUUGCUAUGAAUAUCUGUGAGCACUUUCUUUCUUCUUUCAACCAUGUCAUCUGAGUUCAAGUUUAUGUGGAAGAAGUCCCUUGGAAGCAACUUGAAAAGAAUGGUGUUGAGCAUGUCCAUGCGUUUAUUCACACUCCCACUGGAACACACUUCUGUGAGGUUGUGCAGAUAAGGAAUGGACCUCCAGCCAUUCAUUCCGGACUCAAAGACCUCAAGGUCUUGAAAACGACUCAGUCUGGAUUUGAAGGAUUCAUUAAAGACCAGUUCACCACCCUCCCUGAGGUGAAGGACCGGUGCUUUGCCACCCAAGUGUACUGCAAGUGGUACUACCGCCAAUGCAGAGAUGUGGACUUUAAGGCCACCUGGGACACUGUUCGGGACAUUGUCCUGGAGAAAUUUGCUGGGCCCUAUGACAAAGGCGAGUACUCACCUUCUGUCCAGAAGACCCUCUACGACAUCCAAGUUCUCUCCCUGAGCUGGAUUCCUGAGAUAGAAGACAUGGAAACCAGUCUGCCGAACAUUCACUAUUUUAACAUAGACAUGUCCAAAAUGGGACUGAUCAACAAGGAAGAGGUCUUGCUACCUUUAGACAACCCAUAUGGCAAAAUUACUGGUACACUCAAGAGGAAGCUGUCUUCACGGCUGUGACAUGGUAGCCACCAGUACGAGUCCACUGUCAGCUGAGGAAUGCCUUAUAGCCACUCACGUGAUGCUGGAGAUUGUUUUGCGUAGCCAUGCAAAUAUUCCACCUAGUAGAUUGAUUUAUAGUGUUCAUUUUUCUCCUGCAUUAAGUAAUUUCUUUGUUCCACACCUAGCUCAGCAAGGUGCUUUGUGGAUUACCUGAUUAGUAAUUAUCGCAUGGUUUAUGGAUACAGUUUACUUAAAAAAUACUAAGCAGUACGACAGCAGUCAUAAAUCAGUAUUUCUUUUUGGCUGUCUUAUGCCUUCUUAUUCUAGAGAAGCCUUAAAAUCAAUUAAGAAAAUAAUCAUGAAUUAACGGAGGUGUCACAUCGAUUAACUUGUGUAUUAGUUUAAGAAGCAAAUAUUCAUUGUGUUUGUUCUAUGGAUGGCAAAACUUUGCUUCUGGGUAAUGCAGAAAAUGUAGUGACAAAAUCAGGCUGAAAUAUAUCACUACCAUAAUUUAAAUUUGACUGAAUAUUUGAAUUUUUAAGAAUGUUCCACAUAUGUAGUACUGGGAGCUUAUUUCUACUUGAUAGUACUUUUGUAAUCUAAAUGUAUUGAUUUUAUGACUUUUACAAUGCUUAGAGAAUAUUUAGUACACACUGAGGCAUUGACGAAAUAUAAAUUGUCUUUAUGUGAAUAAUGCAUCACUUUGGCACAAAGAGCCACUUUUAAUAAACGUCAAUAUACAAAUGGAUGGAUAUACAUAUAGAAAGAAGACUAGAGAGUAUAUAUAUGAAAAUAUCAACACUGAUGAUUUCUAAAUGGUAGGAUUAUGGAUGAUUUUUAUUUUUGCAUCUGCUUUUCUGAAUCUUCCCAAUAUGAACAUUUAUUGUUUUUAUAAUCAG